AUGAACGAUUCCCCCGAACUCGAGUCGUCCACCGUCCCGGGGUCUCAAUACGACCUCGGCUCCGUCGUCCAUCUACCUCCGCCUAUAGUCAAGCCAAAAACCGGCGUGCUCCCCGGCGCAAACAACCCGAAAAACAAGAAGAAGAAGACGUCGGAUCCGCAGUGGGACAGCAAGGAUACGUCCUCUGAUGAUGCGUCUUCCGCCGAAUUCUUCUUCAAGCGCCACGGACCGCAGAAGAAGAGGAAACUAGGCUCAGACGAUGAAGACACGCCGAGGUCGAAGCUCAAGAAGAAGAAGAGGGCCGAUCCCACGUUCGUGAUCGAUCAUGCUGAGAACAUGGAUGACGAUGAUUAUGAUGAAGCGAGGCACGACGAGAAAGGCACGGCCAUAUCCGCACUAGGCAACUUCCUCCGCGGCGCCCAAGCAAGCCCGACGCCCAAGAAACGGAAACCGUCAUACAAUCGAGCCGCGGGCGCGCAGGGGAGUGACGAGGAAGACGCGCCGACUAAUGACUUCCGCAUCUCCAAGAAUGAGACCGCCGAUAUGGUCUUUGAUUUCUCGCUGGAGCGGUCGAAGCGGUUGGCGGAUGCGAUUAGUCUUCCUGGGAAUCUUUAUACGCAGGUGGAGAGAGAUCUGUUUGGAAGGCUGGCGAUGCGUGGGUUUGAGCCUAUUCUGUCGUCGCAGUGGAAGUUUGAUUUCCAGACUCUGCCUGAGUCGCUGUUUCCUGCUGCUGGGGAGGAUUUUGAACCGCUUGUUCAGGCGCUGGGAGGAUCUGAGUUUUACGCAAGCAAGUCCAUGAACGACCUCUUCAGCCUGGGCGGCCGAGUACGCGACUGCAGCAUCCUCAAAAAACGCCCCGAGCUCCUGAUCGAGAAAGAAAUCAAGCGGUACAUCCGCUGGGCCGUUUUCGACGCACAUCUACUAUUCAACCGAGACUCAAUCCCCGUAUACGCGAUUCAUCCCCACAAGGUCGGCGACUCCAUCAUCAACGGCGUGAAACGACUCGACAAGCGUCUGAAGGCGCUCGCCGCACGACACAGCGAUGAGUCGAGCGCGAUUUCAUAUUCAGGCGACGAUUCGCCGCUGUAUCCCGUGUUUACGGGGUUCCUCAUCUGCGGUCCCAUUCUCACCAUCAUGACCUAUAGCGCUGAUCCGCAGGAUAGAACCGAGACGACGGACAGUAACUUUAUUUCCCAGUUUGAUUUGGGUGAAUGGGGCCAGGAUGUCUGGAAUUCGCUUGCGCUUGUCAUUACGGUUAUGCAUAUUCGUAGGACUAUGCUUCAGCUUGUGGAGAGGGGGUUGGGCGGGAUCUAUAGGGCUGAGGGGUAUAUGGUGUCGGAUACGGACGAGGAUCUUUGA